AUGUCUAUGGAUACCACUAAGAUUGAUUGCAUAUCUUCAUGGCCUACUCAUCGGUCAGUGAAAGAGCUGCGUAGUUUCCUUGGUCUCACAGGGUACUACAGACGGUUUAUAAGGAAUUAUGGAGAAAUUUCUCGACUGUUAACUGAUUUAUUACAGAAAAAUUGUUGGGGAUGGAACGACCGAGCCACUGAAGCCUUCCAAGCACUUAAACAAGCCCUGGUUACAGCUCCUGUGUUGGUACUUCCAAAUUUUCAGCUUGAAUUUACCGUGGAUACAGAUGCGAGCGGCGGGGGCAUUGGUGCAGUUUUGCAACAGCAAGGUAGGCCAAUAGCAUUCUUUAGCAAAGCUCUUAGGGUGCGACAUCAAGCAUUAUCCAUCUAUGAAAAAGAAAUGCUAACAGUUUUACUAGCAGUUCGAAAGUGGCAUGCUUACUUGGUGCAGCAAUCUUAUACUCAAGACGACCGACUGCAGCAAAUUAUUCAACGCACUCACCAGCAUCCGAAUCCUGACCAAAAAUAUUCUUGGGAUGGCCGAUUUUUGUUCAGAAAAGGGAAGAUAGUCGUGGGGAAGGAUUCACAAUUACGACGGGAGUUAUUCUUUCAUUUUCAUGCUAGUGCUAUUGGAGGUCAUUCUGGGGUGCAUGUAACUAGGAAGCGGCUUUCGAGUCAAUUAUACUGGAAGGGCCUUACUACGGAUGUUAAGAGGUGGAUCCGUGAAUGUAUCACUUGUCAAAAAUGCAAAGAGGAAUCAGUGGCUUCUCCUGGCCUCCUACAGCCCUUACCAAUACCUGACAGAGCUUGGAAGUCAGGGACUAGGCUUUUACUAUUGACGGCCUACCACCCUCAGACGGAUGGCCAGACUGAACUCACCCCGUACGAGGCUCUGUAUGGUCAGCCCCCACCUGCACACAUGCCCUAUUUGGCAGGUAUUUCUCAUGUGGCAGUUGUAGAUCGAAGCUUACGGGCGAGGGAGGCUGCUCGAAAGUUACUUCAUUUUUGCCUCAAGAAAGCUCAGCACCGCAUGAAGCACUUUGCAGACAAGCAUCGAUCUGAGCGAAGCUUUCAACAAUCGCUUGGGAAAGUCUCUAACCAGAAGCUAUCUCCCAAGUAUUAUGGUCCUUUUCCAGUGAUUCAGAAAGUCGGGGCAGUGGCUUAUACCCUGCAACUUCCACAAAAUUCUCAUAUUCAUCCUACAUUUCAUGUUUCGCAAUUAAAGAAGCAUGUGGGGUCUACUCCAACUCAAUUACAGUUACCACUAGUGGAUGCUCAUGGUGCCUUACCAAAAGAGCCUGUUCGCAUUAGUGACAGAAGAAUAGUUAAGAAAGGAAGUCAAGCUGUGACUGAAGUAUUAGUAGAGUGGGCUGACUCUUUUCCAGAAGAUGCGACCUGGGAAUCAUUUUCUGCCCUGCAAGCCAAAUUUCCUCAUUUUCAGCCUUGA